AUGCGCCCCUGUCAUUUAGAAUCAAAAAUUCAUGGAAAAGAAAUUGAAUGUGUUGAACUUCGAAAAAAAUUAAAAAAUUUUCAAUAUGGAAUUGAAUGUCGAAUUGAUUAUAAGAAAUUUGAACGUAUAUGUGAAGAAUUACAACGAGCAUUAGAUAGAGAAAAACAAGCACAAAAUUUACUUAAUGAACAAAAUAAUCAAUUAAAAUCUUUAACUGAUAUUAUUCAUCAAACACAAAAAGAAAAAGAUUUUAUUCAAGAUAAAUUUGAUGAAAUU